UGUAACUCUCCUGUUGAUUGGCUCCAGAUUGCAUAAACUGCCUUGUUUGUGUGGCCUGGCAGUUGUGUUUGGAUGGUGGAAGGGAGCAAUAUUGUUCUAAAUUGGCCCAGGCGCUGCUCAGAACACAGCAGUUGGCGGUGCUGACCUGUUGGUGAAGGCCUUUGCUCAUCCUAUUGUUUAGAAAGUUGUCAAGGUCCAAGGGAGCUUGGUGUAUACAUAUAUUUCAUACCCCUGUGAUUGACUACCUCAACUCCUGUGUGGUUUUGAUGGUUUUAUGGACAGAAAAGAAUGCCAAGUUUGUCUGACAUAGCACUGCAAGAAUGCCCAGUCAGUCGGCACCCAUGCUGCUGCUGCUGCCAGUGAAAUUUAAAACAGCAUACCCUCUCUCCCUCUGGACUAUCUGUUGCUGUCAGUUCCACCUGAGCAUGAUGGGAUCAGUAACCAUGGUAUCAGUAGCGAGAGGAGGGAUGUAAGCACUGCCUCUUGGUUCUUGUACUGUUGUUGUAACAGUACUCUGGCAAAUGGGUAAUCAAGGCGGUAAACCUGAGGAUUCUAGACUUCAAAAACCAGCUUCAAAGGCAUCAGUUCACAGACGGCAUCCUGGGCACUAUCGCCAUGACAGAAUAGGGCAUCCUCCACAAAAUGGUUACCGUGACUAUGGUCGAUACAGUUAUCAUGACAACCAAGCUCAGUAUCUAGCUCCUGACGGAAGGCGUUAUGUUUAUGGCCCCCCGAAUCAGCCUAGUCACAAGAGGCACAAAUUACCAAAAUCAGACAUAGAAGAUGCCCGUUAUCAGUCACAACCAGCUAUUCACUUAGGUGGACCAGCAGAUCAGCAACAAUACUCCCAGGUAGACCAAUAUGCAAGUUUUGACCGUAAACCAUACUAUUACUCACACACUGAUAUGCAUGCAAUGGAUAGGAGAAAUGAUCUGUACUGGCACCAGGCUGGUCUCCUUCCACCUGUAGAUAGUAAAACAGCCACCAAGAGAUCUCAUCCUUUAUCAAGUGAUUCAGAUAUGGAUAGUAGUGCAAAACGUUUGUGGCCACAGGAUCAGCGUGGUGGGAUUCCUCCACCAAAACCACCCAGGCUGAAAGAGCAUAAUCCAUCAUCACCAGCAGCUUAUCGAAGGGAAGAUAAAUCACCAUCUCCGUCCAUGAAGAGAAGGUUUCAAUCACCUUCGCCAACUCGCCAUGGUGACAGAAGGUCACCCAGUGGACGACCUCCUUCUCCAAAGCGAGGCCAGGUGCCCAGGAGCCGCAGUGCCGAUAUCAAAGAAAAAAUGGAUAAAUUUGCUGAAUUACAACGGCGGCGACGUGAAUUAGACACUGCUUCAGAUGAGGCAGCACCAGCAUACCGUCGAGGUCCACCUCAACCCUAUCAUCCAGGUCCACCAGAUCCCAGCAUGCCUGAUAACUACUAUCACCCCUCAAGUCCAUAUCAUAACUACUGGAAGCAACACCAGUACAUUGAUACUGACUCAGAGUUUGAGGAGGUGCUUAGACAUAACAUGGACUACAACAUAAGGUAUGGUGCUGAUGGAUAUGGGUAUAGACCACCAGUGAGGAGGAGGGAAGAUGAGUAUGUUCAUCUGAGGCCACAGAGUUAUCCAGCCUCGGCCAGGCCUGGGGAAUUACCUCAUGAGAGAAUGUAUAGACCUGAAACAGAUUUGGAGGCCCCACCCAGACCACCCCCACCAAGAUACCCACCAGAUGCCACCUGGGAGAGGGGUGGCGAGCCCCCUUACAGAGGUCAUGUGGCCCGUUCACAUGACUCAGAUGACAUUUUAUUUGAUGAUUAUAAAAAACAGCUGCAGGAGUUUCAGGCCAUUCAUAAAGCAGAGAUGGGACCUUAUGUGCAAUUAGAGAACAAGGAGAACCAAUAUUAUGGUUAUCAGCCUGCUGCUUCCAGUCAGAGGUCACUUAACUUGACAGAUGAUCCUCCUGAAAUCAAUUAUCAAAAAGAACUGGAGUUAUUCCAAGAGAGUCAAAGACAGCAGAAACAGUACUCUGGUUCAAAAAAUUAUGAUGAUCCUUAUUCAUCUGAAUUUCAGUCAAGGCCACUCUCUUCUGAAGACCCAAGAGCAGAAUUAUAUAGCAAACCUAAUAAAUUCAGAAAAUCAGGAUUACCUGAUCCAAGACAAAUGCCCCUAGGGGAACUUAGUGUAGCUAUUCCUGGAGAGUUACCACCCACUUCAGAGGAAAGAGAAAACCAGUAUCCUUUGGAAACAGCAAGAUCCUUUGAUCAAAUGGAUUAUGUAGAAACUACACCUAAAACUAAAGGAAGAAGCAGGGAUAGCUAUACAUAUUCAGUCAAUCCCCCGCCAGAAGACCUUAGAAGCCCUCAGCAGCUGGAUUUUGUUGAAUCUCGUGAUGAUUUUCCAUCACGCUCCCAGGAGAUUCUUGUCGUAGAUAGGGAAGGGGAGUUGUACACAUAUGUGGAAGAUGGUUCUGAAGAUCACGGAAAGCUUCUUCCUGUACAUACAAGGCAAAAGAGCAUGUAUGUGUAUGAUCCAUCAGAAGGAGGAAAAGGAACCCAUAGAGUACACCCAAAGAACAGACAUCAUAGGGAUCCCUCAAAUGUUGGAGAACUAGACCAUACUUAUCACAGUAGGAGUGAAAGUGAAGCUGAAAUGCAGCGUAUUUGGCAUUACAAUCUUGUGUUUGGUGAUGAAUCAAAAUCAGAGCCUCCACACCAGAAUGGGAAUCACAGUCCUUUUCAGCCCAUCAAACAUGACCGUGAUGGUUCCAUCAUUGAGAUUCAGUCUCCCAGCCAGCAAGCCGUCAAACCUCAACAGAUGUAUGCUCAGAAGGUAAGACCUGUGCAAUCAGAAGGUUAUUCUGGACCUAUCUAUGUAUUGGCAGCCAAUAAGAAUCAGGGGGAGAUGCCACCUGAGAAAAAAGAAUCGUCAAGAAAGGUGUUUCAGUCGCCAAAACCAGCUGCCAAAGUGCCUUUGCAGUCCUCUGAACCUAAGCAAACUUCUAAGGAUUUGGGUGUGUCUAAGUCAAAAGAACCUGUCCAAGAGGUAGACAAGAGCAAAGAACUAGCCAGAGAGAACCAAGAACCAGAUGAGGUCCCUCGAGUUAAUAUUGCACAGAUUAAAGCAAGUCUCAUGAUGGCAGCUGCACACAAAGACAAUGUAUCUGAUGCCAUUGAUAGUUUCAGGAAACUACCAGAUGUUGAAGAACAAGUGUUCCAAAUAAAAUCAGGAAAUAUAAGCCAUAAGCAAAAAGAAACUGAAAAGGAAAGACCUGUGCCUAAACCAAGAAUCUCAGUUGUUAAAAUGUCCCCUGCAGAUACAUCUGACAAGAAACCUUCCAAUCAUUCAACUGGUGCCACAAGUUCAGCAACAAAAGAAGCUCAAAAAUUAAAGCUUAUGAAGUCAAAUGUGCCAAAGUCUGAACAGUCUAGUCAGAAAGAAAGGAAGCCAACUUCUCCCAUUGAAGUUGCAAGUAAAAAGAUUGACUCCAUUAUAUUUGGCCCUUCGAAUCUAAAACACAGAGCCAAGGUAUCGGAUGCCUUGACAGAACUUGAAGAAAUGUAUGACAAUCUUGAUCUGAAUAAUGAUGCUAUUUUAGAUGGUGCUGCCAGAAGAGAUUACGUCCCCCUCAGAAGUCCGGACAAUUUAGCUGGAUCUGAUUCAGGGUCAGGAUCUGCAAAAUCAAACCUCUCUGCAUCUAAUUUACAAAAACAUCAAACAAAAACUGAACCAGCAAAUCAGGGUUCUGGUAAUCUGGAGUAUACUAAAAAAUGGCUCUCUGAUGACGAGGUGAAGGCCACAGAGUCCAGACAUGACAGUGGGUAUGCAGAGCAAGAGGACAUAAGCCCCAGAGGGGAUGUCCAAGGAAACAUGGUGUUCAUAAAACCCAUGCCUAGAAAGGCAAUGGAGAACUCUAGUGAUGAUAACAGUAACAAGCCUCAGAGCAGAUCUGGUAGCUACUUGUCUUUACCCUCUGGGGUGUCACCCAGUGUAUCUCAAGACAGUUUAUCUCAGAGAUCACGCGGAGGAUCUCCAAGAGCGAGAGCAGUUGUUGCUGAUGCAGUUUUCGAUGACAUGAGUUACAGGAAUGCUCAACGAUCAAACACUGCUCAAGUGGAAUGCCCGUCACCUAAUACUCCUUCUCCAACUUCAGCCGAUUAUUUACGACCACGUCACACAGAGCCUGCUAGAGCACGCAUGCGUCUCAGACCAGAACGAGAACCAGAUGUUCACCAUGAUGACUUAGCAUAUCGCAGAUUGCGUAGGGAUGUGUCCCCAGUACAAGCAAAGCUACCAAGAUCAAAAUCAUCAAAUAAGCCAGUGGUUUAUGAAAGUAGCCUUAGAACAAGGUCUUCUUCAUUGGGGGAAAUUUCUUAUAAUGUGACAAAAGAGAAACCACCAAGGCCAAAUAGUGGUAACUUUGAGAACAAAGAAAAGAAGAAGUUUGAACCCAAAAAACCUUCUGGAACAGGGGUGGCCAUGAUGAUAGAACUGUUUAACCAACCAAAUGCAUCAAAAAGUCUUCCUGAUUUGACAGAUCAGUCCAUGUAUAAUGUUGAGUUGAAUUCUUAUGGCGACAUUGUGUCAGAUGAGGGCACAAAAGAAACACUUAUUCAGAAAGAGACUCAUAAAUCAGUACUCACUAUGGCACCAUUAAAAACUCAGACCCCUCGCACUGUCAAACAGCGCAAUGAAAAACGAACGAAGCUCAUUAAAAUGCACCAGUCAAAAUCAGAAGAAAAACCUGAAGAUGAUGGGUUUGAUCCAAAACAGUACAAGUGGCUUGUACUGAUGAAUGCUCCACGCAAUCCUGUUCAUCCAUGGCGAAGGUUGAGAGAAUCCAGUCCUCUCAAUAGUAGAACAGAAAGUAAAGAAAGCAUCAGUUCUGUUGGAUCAGAGGGAUCACAUGGUAAGAUGAUGUCACAUGAAAUGAGGGAAGGGCUUCCUCGCUCUUCAAAAACUUUUCUCAAGUUCAAUGGGCCCCAGUAUGACAGCUGCUCCUCAGAUGACGAGAUUCUCUCUGAAUAUGACAACACUCGCAGGGUCUCUCUUAGGGUACGUUCUCACAGUACAUCUGAUCUAGGUGCUGACGAUGGGAGCGAAACACACCAGAGCUUAUUUGAGCUGGUGCAGCUUUUUGAAGCCAAAAUGAAAGCCCAGCGCCAAGCGUUCCGUAAAGAGAUCAACCCAAGGGAUGCACGAAGUCUGAGGCAGAUGUAUGGUUCUGAUCCAAGUCUGACCAACAAACGCAGUAAGCAAGGGCGCCGCCGUUACAUCACUCGUUCUGAGUCUGAAAAAUACUCCAGCCCUAGCACUGGCUACGACAGUGGCUAUUUGCGUUCCAAAUACGUUUCAGGAAGUGGCGACUACAACACAGGAUCCAGUCUAAGAACUCCAUACAUCAAUAGAAGUCAUACGUUUGAUGUGGCUGACUUCAGCAAUGACAGCACCAUGAGCUCCAGAUACAGCAGCUACGAUACUGGCAGGAGUUCCCGGGGGUCUGGGCGAUCUUAUGAUACAUCUUAUACCCCUUCCAGGGGGACUGAGCCUCUGUCCUCCGCUUCCAGGUCAAAGCUGAGGGCUGAUGGUUCCAGUGGCUCAUCCAGAAAAAUAAGUGAAAGUGUCACUGAAAGAAAUGGAUCUAGCAGGUUGCGACCAGACAGUUCUAUCAGGAAGAGCAGUGAAAGUGUCACAGAGAGAAACGGAUCCAGCAGAUAUUCAAGGCAAGGAUCUACAGACAGUAAAGAUUCAGACAAGGGGUCAGAUCGCUACAACUGGAGGUCAAGGAUAAAGGAAUAUUCCACAGAGCAAGAUGGUGGGACAGGGACUGGGACAAGAAAAAACAGGUCCACAGUGACCCCACCAAAAGAAACAUUAUCUUCAAGACUUCGAGCUGCCAGAAAUUCCAAGUCAUCUUCAAAAACUGAAGAAAGUGCUGGACCAGAGAAACAGUCCAGUUUUCUAAGUUCUCGACGACGGCAAGCUGAAUCGAGUAGAACGACAGGAAGCAGCAGUGGUGAUGUUUCCAAGAGUUCUCGGGUUUCUCCGCCUUCUUCUGGCACCAGUGAGAGCUUGGGAACUCGUUCUACACGGGCAUCACGAGGAAUAUCGUCAAAUCACGAGAAGUCUACAAAGACUCGUGUUGGAUCUUCGCAUUCUUCUGUUGACUCAACAAACGAAGAUAGUAAAGAGAAGGUUUCCAGUACAUCAUCUUCACAGAGGUUGUCUUCACAGCGGAAUAAAUCUAGGCCAGUUUCAGAAGUUGCUGAACAGAAUGGACAGGUGACAUCACUGAAAGAUAAUGCCAAGACUCAAUCAAGAACAGCGACCACAACUAGACGUGACAGAAUUAGCGACAGAAAAUCUCAGGAGUCAGAUUCUUCCUCUGAUGUUGUAAAAAAUGUAAACACUGUCAUGACCAACUCUGAAAGCCGUACAGAUAGGAGGUCACGCUACAAAGACGAAGGUAAAAAGCCAGUUUCUGAGGACUCUGAUUCUAAGCCAACAGCAGUAUCUUCAGUUAAACAUGGCAGCAGCAAACCCCAGGAGUCAAAUUCUUCAUCAGAUGUUUCAAAAAAUGAAAAGCCAACACUGACUGAAGCAGAAAAACCUACAUACUUUGACACAGAGAGUCGAGCAGAGCGAAUGUCUCGCUAUAAAGAAGAACGUAGAAAGCAGCUGGCAGCUGUGUCUACAAAGUACGGACCAGAGACAACGUCUUCCAGUGAACCUGAGGCAGGUCUGCAACCUUCCUACCUGCGCUAUUCUAAACGUUGGAAAAAAGACAAAGAAAAAGAGGAAUCAAAAGAAGAAAAACCUGCAGAAAAGUCCACAGAUAAAAGCGAGAUCAUCGCCCAAGAAGACACACCUGAAGACAAGCCUGAUGAAAACCAGAAUGUCAAGGUUUCAGUGUCCAGCGAAACUGACAGUUUAAGUACCAAAAGUGAAAAGGCUAAGCGUACAGCAGACUCCUUAGUUGAAUCAAGAAAAGAAAUCAUAGGAAGACGCAGAGCAGACGACAAAUCAAAAUCUUUCAUCCUUGAAACCCAAAAUGAUGACUAUUCACACAAAAACCUUGACGAGGAAGAUAGAUUUGGAAAAGAGGAAACAAAAGUGGUGGGAAAACAAAAGAAAGAUUCUGUUUCAGAAGACAUCAUCCAAAGAUCUUCCAUUUCUGAUAAGACAUCUCCCUUGCAAAGCCCUUCUGAGGAGAAAGGACAGAUCUCUUCUUUCAGAAGUGGAUCUAUCGGGAGGAAGAAACCUGUGGACAGUGACGUGCCUUCUACCUUGAAUUCCAACAAGAUGGCGCCAAGAGAGGAGCAAGUGAUGGAGGAAGUCUCCUUACCAUUCAAAAAGAGCACUGCCACAGACAUACCCAGUUCAUUUGACAAGACCUCUCCAGAGCAAGGUCCUGACAAAACCUCAAAGACAAGUUCUCUUGAGAGAAAAACAGAUAAGAGCAAACCAUGGAUGAGUUCUCUUGACAGACAGGCAGAUAAUGAGAGCAAGUCAUCUCAAAAUAAGAAAAGUGACACACCAGUUAGGAAAUUGUCAACGGAAAGAGAAACAGAGAAAGAUAGCACCAAGUUUUGGUCUUUUGGAAGAGAAGCGAAAAAAGAAAACAUUGAUAUUUCUGGCAAUAAACAAGCUAUCACAAAGAGUGACAAAAAGUUGUCUGAGAGAAAUUCUUCUGUAGAAGGUAGUAGAGAAAGUUUGAAGACAAAAGAAACAUCCGAAAAAAGCAAUACAUUUACUGACAAUAAGAACCUUAUUGAAACACACAUAACUCCUAGAGCUGAGAGUGCUAAAAAGCUACUUGAAAAGAGCAUCUCCGCAGAUGGCAGAGACAUUGUAAAAGAAAAAGACACUUAUAGCAUACCAGACACACAACAUUCUACACCUGAUAAAAAAGCCAGUGAGAAAGAUGAGGUGGUUCCCAGUGCUACUUCACCCAUAGAUACUGGUAAAGAAAAGAAGACCAGGGAUGCAGAUGGCGUCCAUCGGCAUUUAAAGACCAGGAAGGACAAGAGUGAACAGCGUAAAUCAGAAUUAAACAAGUCUGAAGACUCCGUUUCUGAUUUGAGUAGAAAAGGCAGUGAUGACAAUGAGGCCAAACCACGGAGAAGGGUAACGAGUCAGCAGACGAGAGGCAGCAGAAAUAAGACGCAGCCAGUGACUUCAGAGGAGCUGCAGCAGGCUGAGAGUAUCAAGGAAGAGAAUAAGGCUGAAUUGAUGAUCUGCAGAUUAUCACCCCUUCUAUUCAUAUGUUAUAAUGCUCUGAAUGAUGCUCCAAACCAAGCCUUUGCUUUGCUGCAGAUUUCAUUAAUGCGCUUAUGUCUGCCAACUGUUAUUGCCUUUCGAGCAGAAGUGACAAAGCAAGCCUCGUUAAAUGUGUUCCAACAACUGAAGAAGAAGGAAGAGGUCAAGCCAUGGGUAUCCCACGAGGCCACCUACAAACCAGGAGAUAAACUAGAAUAUCCUGAGCCUCUAUCCAAAACCUUGAAGAAGCAGAAAAAGAAAAAGACCAGCAGUGCUGAGAAGCGGCGUCAGGGAAGAUACAAAACCCUGCCCGUCACUGGAGAAGAGCUCAGUGCUAUACCAGAGUACGACGUACUGACUAAGACCACGCCUGCUGUGACUGUACCUGAGCUACAGCUUAGUGUAUUUAAAGGACCGUCCACGGUGUCUGCUGUUCUUCCCACAAGACCUUUGAGACAAGGCACCACUCCAGUUAAACAACAAGAAUCUGGUAUCUUCUCUUCACCCGAGUUGGAUUCAUCGAGACUUGAUACCUCGGAAUCUCUCCAAGGUGACAUCAGUGACAGCGAUGUGGAUAGGUUAGUGGCUCUGAAUGCGAGAGAACUGGAAAAUUUACAAGAUCUUGCUUUGGAUUACGAUUUACCCGAUGACGAUUCAGCUCGCAUGAGCGUUUCUGUUAAAACUACAAUAUUCAACAAGCUCACCAAAGAACAGAUUGAAGCAGCAGCCAAGGAGCCAAGACACAAGGACAUUGCACCGCCAGCUCGAUUUGCCGAGAAAAAAAGGGUUCGACCCAAGACGCAGCCUGUCACAGAGGAGGAAGUCAAAGUGGCGGCCAGGAUGAGACAACCAGAAGUAGUGAACAAAAAGAAAGAAGAGACUACGUCAGAUUCAGAUGAGGAUGCCUCGAGGUUGAGUCUGGCAGAGAAGAUGAAACUUUUCUCACAGAAGAUUGAAGAAAAGAAGGAACCAAAGAGCAAGAAACCAUUGCGUCCUGAUGCGCCAGUCACCAGGCGGCGAAUGAGAAGAUUGGGUUCAAGGUUUAAGACACAACCUGUUACUUCAGAGGAGGUAGAGAAAGCCAGCACUUCUAGGAUAUCACCCUUGGCCAUUACCUUCAUCAAGCCUCCAGAUCCAGAAAUUCUGGCUGGUCUUCCAUUGAGUGCCCAGAGAGAUAUUAUGGUCCAACACGCUGGAGCAGUUCUCUCUGCCCCCAACUCACAGCCCAACUCUCAGCCUAACUCCCAGCCUAACUCCCAGCCUAGUUCCCAGCCUAAUUCCCAGCCUGGUUCACAGCCUGGAUCAAGAAGAAGCUCCAUGUCAGAUAACAAAGCCAAAGGUGUUUUAGGAUCCAGAGAGUCAUCCAUGUCUGAAGAAUCGACCAAAGAAGACCCCAGACAAAUUCUGAAACAACUUGAAAAAGAAAUAACAGCUGUGAGAGAUGUUAAAGGGAAGAGUAUCCUUAAGGAGUCUUCCAAGGGUGAAACAACCACCCUGGAGACUGGGAGGGGCAUCCUUAAAAGUGCUGCACCAACAGCNUUGGGUGUCUGA